AUGUUGGCCAGGCAAAAUAUCAGAAUAAAUGCUUUGCGGAUGUUCUCAUCUUCAAUGAAGACAAUGACGACAGGUGGCCUGCCAUUGGAUGCUUCGAAAUUGAAAAUUGUGAAUAAAAGCACACCAUCAAAGCCAAGACCAAAUGACGAAUUGGUUUUUGGUCAGACUUUCACAGACCAUAUGUUGACGAUUGAAUGGACAAAGGCCAAGGGCUGGGACGUUCCGGAAAUUAAGCCAUAUGGUAACUUAUCUCUUGAUCCAUCAGCUUGCGUGUUCCACUAUGCGUUCGAACUUUUCGAGGGUUUGAAAGCUUACAAGACAUCUGACAACAAAAUCACUCUAUUUAGACCAGAUAUGAAUAUGAAACGUAUGAACAAAUCAGCAGCCAGAAUAUGUUUACCAACUUUUGACUCUGAUCAACUGAUUGCUUUGAUUGGCAAGCUGAUUGAACAGGACAAACACUUGGUUCCAGAAGGAAAGGGCUAUUCGUUAUACAUUAGACCAACCCUGAUAGGUACCACUGCAGGUCUUGGUGUUAGUACUCCAGAUAGAGCCCUACUUUAUGUUCUUACAUCUCCAGUUGGACCUUACUACAAAACUGGUUUCAAAGCAGUUAAGUUAGAGGCCACAGAUUACGCAACCAGAGCAUGGCCAGGUGGUGUUGGUGACAAAAAAUUAGGUGCAAACUAUGCUCCUUGCAUUUUGCCGCAAUUAGAAGCAGCUAAGAGAGGAUAUCAACAAAAUCUAUGGUUGUUUGGUCCUGAAAAAUACAUUACUGAAGUCGGUACAAUGAAUGUCUUCUUUGCGUUUAAGAAUUCCAAGACGGGUAAGAAAGAAUUGGUGACUGCUCCCUUGGAUGGUACCAUUCUAGAAGGUGUCACCAGAGACUCUGUCUUGAGUUUGGCUAGAGAAAACUUGGAUCCAAACGAAUGGGAGGUCAAUGAGCGUUAUUACAGUAUCAACGAAGUAGCUGAAAAAGCGGAAAAGGGCGAACUCUUAGAGGCCUUUGGAUCCGGCACAGCUGCAGUCGUUUCCCCAAUUAAAGAAAUUGGAUGGCAGGGCAAGGACAUCAAUGUACCAUUAUUGCCAGGCGAGCAAUCAGGCCCAUUGACCAAAAAGGUCGCCCAAUGGAUUGCGGACAUUCAAUAUGGUAGAAAGACAAAGGACAACUGGUCAAGAGUUGUCGCUGAUCUGAACUAG